CCCUCUCCGUCAAUGGCUGCCCCCAUAAUUGCUCUGUUUGUCCACAUGUGCACGAGGAUAGAAUUACCCAAAAGGCAAAAGUGGCCGAGCUGAUGAAAGACGUGAGCACAGUGUUCCCACACCCACUUACUUUUCGUAUAUAAAUCACACAAAUCGGCAACCAUUGCACUGGGAAUUUAGCCGACGCGUUCCUGUUAAUGGGGUUCUGGGGAGUUCUUGUUACUGGGCUUGUGAUAGCUUCGGCUUGUUCUUGUUCUUCAUGGGUACUGAGAGUACAGGCCGAUGAUGCAUUACCCGCCUGUGAUUUCCCGGCAAUCUACAACUUCGGCGACUCCAACUCCGACACUGGCGGCAUCUCCGCCGCCUUCGACCCCAUCCCCCCGCCGUACGGCACCGCCUACUUCCACAAGCCUGCCGGCCGAGACUGUGAUGGCCGUCUCAUCAUAGACUUCAUUGCUGAGAAGCUGAAACUACCAUAUUUGAGUGCCUACCUGAACUCUCUAGGAACAAAUUACAGGCACGGUGCGAAUUUCGCAACUGGUGGAUCAACCAUUAGGAGGCAAAAUGAGACCAUAUUUGAGUAUGGAAUCAGCCCAUUCUCACUUGAUAUGCAGAUCGUGCAAUACAAUCAGUUCAUGCGACGGACCGCCGAACUAUACAGCCAAGCCACGGAUUCCUCGGAGAAAAGCAAAUUGCCAGUGCAGGAGGAAUUUGCAAAGGCGUUAUACACAUUCGAUAUUGGGCAAAAUGAUCUCUCUGUUGGGUUCAGGAAGCUGAGCUCUGAUCAGCUCAAAGCGGCAAUGCCGGAUAUAGUGGACAAGUUAGCUUCAGCUGUUCAAAAUAUAUACCAACAUGGGGGGAGGUCAUUUUGGAUUCACAAUACUGGGCCAAUUGGGUGCUUGCCGGUGAACUUUUUCUACAAUCACAAUCCGCCACCUGGGUAUUUGGAUGAUCACGGUUGUGUGAAGACUCAGAAUGAAAUGGCCGUCGAGUUCAAUAGGCAGCUCAAAGAAAGGGUGGUCAAGCUGAGGCAGGAGCUCCCUACGGCUGCCAUUACUUAUGUCGAUGUUUAUGCUGCAAAGUUCGGGCUCAUCGGCAAUUAUAAGAGCGAAGGAUUUGUCGACCCCUUCAAGGUUUGCUGUGGAUAUCACGAGAAUUACGACCAUAUCUGGUGCGGAAAUAGAGGGAUUGUCAACGGCACUGAGGUGUUCGGUGAUUCUUGCAAGGAUCCCGCUACUUCUAUCAGCUGGGACGGGGUCCAUUAUUCAGAGGCCACAAACCACUGGGUCGCCAAUCGCAUACUCAAUGGUUCGCUGUCUGAUCCACCGAUUCCAAUCACUCAAGCAUGUCACAGGCAUUAGAGUGCACGUGAGUGUGCAAGGCGCGCAGCACAGUGAUUAUGGCAAUAAGAGUCGAGAAGCUUCAGGAGUAAUGUCAGCUUACAAUUUAACUAUAUCACUAGUACCAUGCCGAAAUGUUUCGAGAAGUUGAGAUGCCCCAUCUCAUCUUAAUCAGACUAUCCAAGGGCAUUUAAAGCAGUCAAAUUGUGACAA